AUGGCCUUCACGGUGGUCCAUGGAGAAUGGGUGAGAUGUCACUUCCAGCAGGGAGAGUUGAAAGAGAGAGAGAGAGAGAGAGAGAGAGAGAGAGACAGAGACGUUUUCUCACCAUCUCUGUACAGUCACCAGACCAACUCAGACAGAGAAUUGGAGGAGAGCCAAUCUAAUCCACCUGUAAAAGAAAGAAGACAGUCACCUCCAUUGGAUAGCCCUCGCUCUGUUCCUCAAAUCAGGCAGAGCCUCUGCAUCUCCACAGAAGAUCAGGACAGCCCAGAAAGAGUUGUUCAGAAGGAGAAACUACAUGCAGAACUAAAACAAGUUCUAAGUAGAAAAAGAAGACACCUGAAACAGAGUCACUCAAAUCUCACAAGCAUGGAUCCUUCAAAGGAGAGGAGUGAGUCUGUGAAGCAGGAGAAGAGCCAUCUAUCAGAGGUAGUGGAGGUGGUGGUAGAGACAGACGCUGAGGUAGGAGCUAGUGGCUACAGUGUCGUGGGUGGAGGAACAAAGGGGAUCUUUAUCAAAGAUGUCUUGAAAGACUCACCUGCAGCAAAACAUCUCAGCCUCCAGAAAGGAGAUCAGCUGCUUAGUGCCAGAGUGUAUUUUGAUAAUGUGAAAUAUGAAGAUGCUCUGAAGAUCCUCCAGUGUGCAGAACCUUAUAAAGUGUCAUUCUUCUUGAAGAGGACUGUGGCUCAAACUGAAGUGACCGGUCAUCUGGAUGCACCGCAUAUUGAGCAAAGAGGACCUAAGGCUAAGAUGCAAAAAAUGAGUGUGAGAAGUGUGAAACAAUUCAAAGCAAAGAAGAAAAGAGGAGGAAGAUUUGGAUUGAAAAGGCUAAAAAAGAGAACAAGAGCUGAAGCAGAAAUGGACGUUGAGGGACCAUCAGGUAGAUUGGACUUUACUCCAGUUGAUGUGGAGUUUGCACUCCCAAAAUUUAAACUAAAAAAAAAACAUGGAAAAGUCACUGCAGAGCGUUCGGGACAUUUAGAAAGUAUGAAGCUUAAUGAUGAGGAGACAAGAAAGAUUAAAUUUCCAAGGAGUAAAAUAAAAUCAUCCAUAGAAGGUACACAAAUAAAAUCAUCCAUAGAAGGUACACAACUUUCAACACCAAAAGGAGAAAUAGAGAUGCAAAAAGACAAAGGAAAAAGCCCAAAAUCGCAAAUGAAAGAUAUUAAUGAAUGUGUGCAAGGAAAGAAAAUCAGCAUGGCAACUGAUAUAUCAGUACCAAAUCUAAAUCUAGACACAAAACAAAGACCUGAAGAUGAAGCUGAUGGAUUCAUGGCUAAAGGGACAAAUGUGCUGUUUAUUAACAGUGAAGGCUCUGGUGUCAAAUGUGGGGACAUUAGGAUGCCAUCCACUGAGAUAUCAUUAGUAAAAAGUAAAGAUGAAAGAGAAAUUGUCCUAGAAAGACAUUCUGGAAAAGGAGAAAAGAUUCAAAUGCCUAAGCUUGACAUUUCCAUGCCAGAAAUAAAAUCACCUGAAGUUGAUAUUAACAUACAUGGGCCUGAGAUCAACAAUGGCAAUUUUCAUGUGCCAGAUAUUGACAUAUCAUUGCCAAAAAGAAAAGUUAAAAAUGUUGAGCUUAAAGGUGAGGACAGUAAAGGGGGGAAGUAUCAGAUUCCUAAGACUGAUCUUUCCUUACAAACAAUGAAGUUACCCGAGGGGAAUAUUAAAGUGCAAGGCCCUGAUGUGAAAACAUGUCAUGUUGGAAUGUAUUCCAUGGACAUAUCAUUACCAAAAGGGAUGGCUAAAGGAGAAAUUGACUUUGAAGGACAUUCUGGAAAAGCAGGUAAAAGUGACUUGUCAAAGCUUGACAUUUCCCUACCAAAAGGAACAUCACCCAAGGUUGACAUCAGUGUUGAGGGUCCUGAGAUCAAGGGCAGAAAGUAUCACAUGCCAGAUGUUGACAUCUCACUGCCAAAAGGAAAUGUAAAAGGGGGUGUUGAUCUCAAUGGUGAGACAGAUAAAGGAGGGAGGUUUCAACUGCCAAAGGUUGAUCUUUCACUACCAAGAAUGAAGUUACCAGAGGGUAAGAUUAAUGUGGAAGGCCCUGAUAUCAAAGUCGGGAAAAUUGACAUGUCAUCAAUUGACAUUUCAUUACCAAAAGGGAUGGGUAAAGGAGAAAUUGACAUUGAAGGACUGUCUGGAAAAGGAGGAAAGAUAGACUUGCCAAAUCUUGACAUUUCCUUACCAAAUGUAAAACCAACCAUGGUUGAUAUCAGUGUUGGUGGUCCUGAGAUCAAGGGCAGAAAGGUUCACAUGCCAGAUAUUGACAUCUCUAUGCCAAAAGGAAAUGUAAAAGGAGGCGCCAAUCUUGAAGGCGAGGGUGGUAAAGGGGGGAAGUUUAAAAUGCCAAAGGUUGAUCUUUCACUACCAAGAAUGAAGUUACCAGAGGGUAAGAUUAACGUGGAAGGCCCUGAUAUCAAAGUUGGGAAAUUUGACAUGCCGUCAAUUGACAUUUCAUUACCAAAAGGGAAGGUUAAAGGAGAAAUCGAUAUUGAAAGACAGUCUGGAAAUCAAGGAACGACUGACUUACCAAACAUGGACAUUUCCUUACCAGUAGUAAAACCCCCUGACCUUGAUGUCAGAGUGGAGGGUCCCGAGAUCAAAGGUGGAAAGUUUCACAUGCCAGAUCUUGACUUCUCACUGCCAAAAGGAAAAGUAAAAGGGGGUGUUGAUGUCAAAGGUGAGGCAGAUAAAGGAGGGAGGUUUCAACUGCCAAAGGUUGAUCUUUCACUACCAAGAAUGAAGUUACCAGAGGGUAAGAUUAACGUGGAAGGCCCUGAUAUCAAAGUUGGGAAAUUUGACAUGCCGUCAAUUGACAUUUCAUUACCAAAAGGGAAAGUUGACAUGCCAUCCAUUGAUGUUUCAUUACCAAAAGGAAUGGGUAAAGGAGAAAUUGACAUUGAAGGACUGUCUGGAAAAGGAGGAAAGAUAGACUUGCCAAAUCUUGACAUUUCCUUACCAAAUGUAAAACCAACCAUGGUUGAUAUCAGUGUUGGUGGUCCUGAGAUCAAGGGCAGAAAGGUUCACAUGCCAGAUAUUGACAUCUCUAUGCCAAAAGGAAAUGUAAAAGGAGGCGCCAAUCUUGAAGGCGAGGGUGGUAAAGGGGGGAAGUUUAAAAUGCCAAAGGUUGAUCUUUCACUACCAAGAAUGAAGUUACCAGAGGGUAAGAUUAACGUGGAAGGCCCUGAUAUCAAAGUUGGGAAAUUUGACAUGCCGUCAAUUGACAUUUCAUUACCAAAAGGGAAGGUUAAAGGAGAAAUCGAUAUUGAAAGACAGUCUGGAAAUCAAGGAACGAUUGACUUACCAAAGAUGGACAUUUCCUUACCAGUAGUAAAACCCCCUGACCUUGAUGUCAGAGUGGAGGGUCCCGAGAUCAAAGGUGGAAAGUUUCACAUGCCAGAUCUUGACUUCUCACUGCCAAAAGGAAAAGUAAAAGGGGGUGUUGAUGUCAAAGGUGAGGCAGAUAAAGGAGGGAGGUUUCAACUGCCAAAGGUUGAUCUUUCACUACCAAGAAUGAAGUUACCAGAGGGUAAGAUUAACGUGGAAGACCCUGAUAUCAAAGUUGGGAAAUUUGACAUGCCGUCAAUUGACAUUUCAUUACCUAAAGGGAAAGUUGACAUGCCAUCCAUUGAUGUUUCAUUACCAAAAGGGAAGGUUAAAGGAGAAAUCGAUAUUGAAAGACAGUCUGGAAAUCAAGGAACGAUUGACUUACCAAAGAUGGACAUUUCCUUACCAGUAGUAAAACCCCCUGACCUUGAUGUCAGAGUGGAGGGUCCCGAGAUCAAAGGUGGAAAGUUUCACAUGCCAGAUCUUGACUUCUCACUGCCAAAAGGAAAAGUAAAAGGGGGUGUUGAUGUCAAAGGUGAGGCAGAUAAAGGAGGGAGGUUUCAACUGCCAAAGGUUGAUCUUUCACUACCAAGAAUGAAGUUACCAGAGGGUAAGAUUAACGUGGAAGACCCUGAUAUCAAAGUUGGGAAAUUUGACAUGCCGUCAAUUGACAUUUCAUUACCUAAAGGGAAAGUUGACAUACCAUCCAUUGACAUUUCAUUACCAACAGGGAAGGCUAAAGGAGAAAUUGAUAUUGAAAGACCGUCUGGAAAUCAAGGAACGAUUGAUUUACCAAAGAUGGACAUUUCCUUACCAACAGUAAAACCCCCUGACCUUGAUGUCAGAGUGGAGGGUCCCGAGAUCAAAGGUGGAAAGUUUCACAUGCCAGAUCUUGACUUCUCACUGCCAAAAGGAAAAGUAAAAGGGGUUGUUGAUGUCAAAGGUGAGGCAGAUAAAGGAGGGAGGUUUCAACUGCCAAAGGUUGAUCUUUCACUACCAAGAAUGAAGUUACCAGAGGGUAAGAUUAACGUGGAAGGCCCUGAUAUCAAAGUCGGGAAAAUUGACGUGCCGUCAAUUGACAUUUCAUUACCAAAAGGGAAAGUUGACAUGCCAUCCAUUGAUGUUUCAUUACCAAAAGGGAUGGGUAAAGGAGAAAUUGACAUUGAAGGACUGUCUGGAAAAGGAGGAAAGAUAGACUUGCCAAAUCUUGACAUUUCCUUACCAAAUGUAAAACCAACCAUGGUUGAUAUCAGUGUUGGUGGUCCUGAGAUCAAGGGCAGAAAGGUUCACAUGCCAGAUAUUGACAUCUCUAUGCCAAAAGGAAAUGUAAAAGGAGGCGCCAAUCUUGAAGGCGAGGGUGGUAAAGGGGGGAAGUUUAAAAUGCCAAAGGUUGAUCUUUCACUACCAAGAAUGAAGUUACCAGAGGGUAAGAUUAACGUGGAAGGCCCUGAUAUCAAAGUUGGGAAAUUUGACAUGCCGUCAAUUGACAUUUCAUUACCAAAAGGGAAGGUUAAAGGAGAAAUCGAUAUUGAAAGACAGUCUGGAAAUCAAGGAACGAUUGACUUACCAAAGAUGGACAUUUCCUUACCAGUAGUAAAACCCCCUGACCUUGAUGUCAGAGUGGAGGGUCCCGAGAUCAAAGGUGGAAAGUUUCACAUGCCAGAUCUUGACUUCUCACUGCCAAAAGGAAAAGUAAAAGGGGGUGUUGAUGUCAAAGGUGAGGCAGAUAAAGGAGGGAGGUUUCAACUGCCAAAGGUUGAUCUUUCACUACCAAGAAUGAAGUUACCAGAGGGUAAGAUUAACGUGGAAGACCCUGAUAUCAAAGUUGGGAAAUUUGACAUGCCGUCAAUUGACAUUUCAUUACCUAAAGGGAAAGUUGACAUGCCAUCCAUUGAUGUUUCAUUACCAAAAGGGAAGGUUAAAGGAGAAAUCGAUAUUGAAAGACAGUCUGGAAAUCAAGGAACGAUUGACUUACCAAAGAUGGACAUUUCCUUACCAGUAGUAAAACCCCCUGACCUUGAUGUCAGAGUGGAGGGUCCCGAGAUCAAAGGUGGAAAGUUUCACAUGCCAGAUCUUGACUUCUCACUGCCAAAAGGAAAAGUAAAAGGGGGUGUUGAUGUCAAAGGUGAGGCAGAUAAAAGAGGGAGGUUUCAGCUGCCAAAGGUUGAUCUUUCACUACCAAGAAUGAAGUUACCAGAGGGUAAGAUUAACGUGGAAGGCCCUGAUAUCAAAGUUGGGAAAUUUGACAUGCCGUCAAUUGACAUUUCAUUACCAAAAGGGAAAGUUGACAUGCCAUCCAUUGAUGUUUUAUUACCAAAAGGGAUGGGUAAAGGAGAAAUUGACAUUGAAGGACUGUCUGGAAAAGGAGGAAAGAUAGACUUGCCAAAUCUUGACAUUUCCUUACCAAAUGUAAAACCAACCAUGGUUGAUAUCAGUGUUGGUGGUCCUGAGAUCAAGGGCAUAAAGGUUCACAUGCCAGAUAUUGACAUCUCUAUGCCAAAAGGAAAUGUAAAAGGAGGCGCCAAUCUUGAAGGCGAGGGUGGUAAAGGGGGGAAGUUUAAAAUGCCAAAGGUUGAUCUUUCACUACCAAGAAUGAAGUUACCAGAGGGUAAGAUUAACGUGGAAGGCCCUGAUAUCAAAGUUGGGAAAUUUGACAUGCCGUCAAUUGACAUUUCAUUACCAAAAGGGAUGGGUAAAGGAGAAAUUGACAUUGAAGGACAGUCUGGAAAAAGAGGAAAGAUUGACUUACCAAAGAUAGACUUUUCCUUACCAAAAGUAAAACCUCCUGAGCUUGAUGUCAGUGUUGAUGGUCGAGAGAUGAAGGGUGGCAAAUUUCAUGUGCCAGAUAUUGACAUCUCACUUCCAAAAGUAAAAGUAAAAGGAUGUGUCAAUCUUGAAGGUGAGCGUGGUAACAGGGGUGAGUUUAAAAUGCCAAAGGAUGAUUUUUCCCUACCAAGAAUGAAGUUACCAGAGGGCAAGAUUAAUGUGGAAGGCCUUGAUAUCAAUGUCAGGAAAGUUUACAUGCCAUCAAUUGACAUUUCAUUACCAACAGGGAAGGCUAAAGGAGAAACUGAUAUUGAAAGACCGUCUGGAAAUCAAGGAACGAUUGAUUUACCAAAGAUGGACAUUUCCUUACCAACAGUAAAACCCCCUUACCUUGAUAUCAGUGUUGAGGUUCCACAGAUCAAAGAUGGAAAGUUUCACAUGCCAGAUAUUGACAUCUCACUGCCAAAAGGAAAAGUAAAAGGAGGUGUUGAUCUCAAAGAUGAGGCAGAUAAAGGAGGACGGUUUCAACUGCCAAAGGUUGAUCUUUCACUACCAAGAAUGAAGUUACCAGAGGGUAAGAUUAAUGUGGAAGGCCCUGAUAUCAAAAUUGGGAAAAUUGACAUGCCAUCAAUUGACAUUUCAUUACCAAAAGGGAUGGGUAAAGGAGAAAUUGACAUUGAUGGACUGUCUGGAAAAGGAGGAAAUAUAGAUUUACCAAAGAUGGACAUUUCCUUACCAGUAGUAAAACCCCCUGACCUUGAUUUCAGAGUGGAGGGUCCCGAGAUCAAAGGUGGAAAGUUUCACAUGCCAGAUAUUGACUUCUCACUGCCAAAAGGAAAUGUAAAAGGGGGUGUUGAUGUCAGAGGUGAGGCAGAUAAAGGAGGGAGGUUUCAACUGCCAAAGGUUGAUCUUUCACUACCAAGAAUGAAGUUACCAGAGGGUAAGAUUAAUGUGGAAGGCCCUGAUAUCAAAGUCGGGAAAAUUGACAUGCCUGCAAUUGACAUUUCAUUACCAACAGGGAUGGGUAAAGGAGAAAUUGACAUUGAAGGACUGUCUGGAAAAGGAGGAAAGAUAGACUUGCCAAAUCUUGACAUUUCCUUACCAAAUGUAAAACCAACCAUGGUUGAUAUCAGUGUUGGUGGUCCUGAGAUCAAGGGCAGAAAGUUUCACAUGCCAGAUAUUGACAUCUCUAUGCCAAAAGGAAAUGUAAAAGGAGGCGCCGAUCUUGAAGGCGAGGGUGGUAAAGGGGGGAAGUUUAAAAUGCCAAAGGUUGAUCUUUCACUACCAAGAAUGAAGUUACCAGAGGGUAAGAUUAAUGUGGAAGGCGCUGAUAUCAAAGUCGGGAAAAUUGACAUGCCUGCAAUUGACAUUUCAUUACCAAAAGGGAAGGUUAAAGGAGAAAUUGAUAUUGAAAGACAGUCUGGAAAUCAAGGAACGAUUGACUUACCAAAGAUGGACAUUUCCUUACCAGUAGUAAAACCCCCUGACCUUGAUGUCAGAGUGGAGGGUCCCGAGAUCAAAGGUGGAAAGUUUCACAUGCCAGAUAUUGACUUCUCACUGCCAAAAGGAAAAAUAAAAGGGGGUGUUGAUGUCAAAGCUGAGACAGAUAAAGGAGGGAGGUUUCAAAUGCCAAAGGUUGAUCUGUCACUACCAAGAAUGAAGUUACCAGAGGGUAAGAUUAACGUGGAAGACCCUGAUAUCAAAGUUGGGAAAUUUGACAUGCCGUCAAUUGACAUUUCAUUACCUAAAGGGAAAGUUGACAUGCCAUCCAUUGAUGUUUCAUUACCAAAAGGGAAGGCUAAAGGAGAAAUUGACAUUGAAGGACAGUCUGGAAAAAGAGGAAAGAUUGACUUACCAAAGAUAGACUUUUCCUUACCAAAAGUAAAACCUGCUGAGCUUGAUGUCAGUGUUGAGGGUGGAGAGAUGAAGGGUGGCAAGUUUCAUGUGCCAGAUAUUGACUUCUCACUACCAAAAGUAAAAGUAAAAGGGGGUGUCAAUCAUGAAGGUGAGGAUUGUAACAAGCAUGAGUUUAAAAUGCCAAAGGUUGCUUUUUCCCUACCAAGAAUGAAGUUACCAGAGGGUAAUAUUAAUGUGGAAGGCCCUGAUAUCAACGUCGGGAAAGUUGACAUGCCAUCCACUGACAUUUCAUUACCAAAAGGAAUGGCUGAAGGAGAAAUUGACAUUGAAGGACUGUCUAGAAAAGGAGGAAAGAUUGACUUACCAAAUUUUGACAUUUCCUUACCAAAAGUAAAACCAACCAAGGUUGAUAUCAGUGUUGAAGGUCCUGAGAUCAAGGGCAGAAAGUUUCACAUGCCAGAUAUUGACAUCUCUAUGCCAAAAGGAAAGGUAAAAGGGGGUGUAGAUCUUGAAGGUGAGGAUGGUGAAGGGGGGAAGUUUAAAAUGCCCAAUGUUGAUUUUUCUCUACCAAGAGUGAAGUUACCCAAGGGAAAGAUUAAGGUGGAAGGUCCUGAUAUCAAAGAAGGGAAAGUUGACAUGCCAUACACUGACAUUUCUUUACCAAAAGGGAAAGCUAAAGCUGAAAUUGACAUUGAAGGUUUGUCUGGAAAAAGAGCAAAGCUUGACUUGCCAAAACUUGACAUUUGCUUACCAAAUGUAAAACCACAUACGCUUAAUGUCAGUGUUGAGGGUCCAGAUAUCAAAGGUGGCAAGUUUCACAUACCAGAUAUUGACAUCCACUUGCCAAAAGGAAAAGGGGGUGCUAAUUUUGAAGUUAUGCCUGAUAAAGGGGAGAUGUUUCAAAUGCCCAUGGUUGAUCUUUCACUACCAGGAAUGUUAUUACCAGAGGGGAAGGUUACUUUGGAAAGCCCUGAUAUCAAAGUUGGAAAAGUUGACAUGCCAUCCCUUGAUAUAUCAUUACCAGAAAUACAGGCUAAAGGAGAAAUUGACAUUGAAGGACCUUCUGGAAAAGGAGGAAAGAUUGAUUUGCCAAAGAUUGACAUUUCUUUACCAAAAGUAACACUGCCUAAGGUUGAUAACAGUGGUAAAGGCCCUGAGAAAAAUGAUGGACAGUUUCACAUUCCUGGUAUUGAUAUCUCCUUGCCAAAAGGAAAAGGGGGUGUUGAUCUUGAUGGUGAGGCUGAUAAAGGUGGAAAGUUCCAUAUGCCCAAGGUUGAUUUUUCUAUACCAAAAUUGAAAUCUCCAAAUAUUGAGGAACCUGAUGGUGGAAAAAUCACUAUGCCAGCUAUUGAUCAAUCACUUCCAAAAGGAAAAGCUGAGGGAUUUGGUAAUUUUGAAAGUGAUAUUGCUAUGUGGGGAAAGCUACAUAUGCCUGACCUUGAACUUUCAUUACCGAAAAUUAAAUCACCAAAUACUGAGUCAAAAAUUCACAGACCAGACAUAAAUGAUAUAAAUAUGCCUGAUGCCAGUGUUUGUCGAAGCAAAGGUGGUAAUUUAAAAUUGUCAACCGUAAAGCUACCAAGUGUUGAUAUAUCAGCACCUAAGGUUGAUCUUGACUUUGGUAUUUCCAAAGGUAAAGGCACUGAUAGAGAGGACAUUGAACUUCUCAAAGCUGAGGGCAGCAGACCAUCAUCUGGAGCAAGUUUUGACAUCCCAGAUGUGACUCUAAAAAUGCCUAAAAUUCCACUGCCUAAAUUUGGGGGAAAAUUUAAAAGUGAAGACACCCAAGUAGAAGCACUUAGCUCAUCUGCUAAUUUGGAUAUAGAACAAAAUAUACCAUCUGUAGGGAUAAAUGCUGAUGGAAAAGUAAAAGGCAAAAUAAAGAAGCUACAACCUGAAGGAGAUGUGAAUGCUUCGCUUGAUUUGGGAGCAGAAAGCAAGGAGCAUUUUAAGGCUCCAACAUUAGAUACAAAGGCAAAGGUCAAAAUGCCCUCAGUGGAGAUAGCCCUGACAGCCCCAUACAUACCAGAGAGAGAGGCAUUGCUGCCAAAAUCUGAGAUUGAUGUAUCUGAGGCAGAUAUCAACACUUAUGAGGGAAGUUUAAAAAUCCCAAAGAUGCCAACUGUUGAUAUAUCAGUACCAAAAGUAGAUUUGGAUGUUGUCCUACCAAAAGUAAAGCAAGCGGCAUUAGUUGACCCCAGUUCUUCUAACCUCAACCUUGAAAGAGAUAACCUAAAGUUACCACAUAUCAAAAAGCCUAAAGUUGAUAUAUUACUACCUCAAUACAAAACAGCUUGCACUGACACACCAGAUGUAGAACUGGAAGGUAAAUAUGGGAAAUUCAAGAUGCCAAAAAUUAGAAUGCCAGCCGUGGAAAUAUCAUUACCACAUCGAAAAACGGUUGUGUAUUCUUCAGAUUUGGACAUCAACCUACACAGUGGGAAAUGUAAGAUAUCUGAUGUCAAAGUGCCCUACAUAGAUGUUUCAGUACCCCAUGGUAGAAUAGACAUUGAAUCUCCAGAUUUGAAAACAGAAGGACAAAAUGCAAAGUUGCCAAAUAUUACUCAGCCAACUGUGGAUAAAUCCCUGCUAAAAGGGAAUGAAGUUCAAGAAAUGGACACAGGAGGAUGGCAAAAAUUAAAGAUUCCAACAAUAGAUACACAGGGCCCAGUGAAACAUCUUGAAUUGGAUAUCGGAUUAUCAAAAGAUGGUAAAAAGGAAAAAAAGUUUGAGCUUCCCAGUAUUGACCUCAGCCCCUUGGCAUCAGAGGAGAAAGUCAAGGGACCAAAAGUAAAAGGUACCAAGUUCAAUAUUGGAAUGUCUAAAGUAAAAACUUCUACAUUGGAGACAGAUGUAAGUAAGUCUAGUAAUGUGAAUGCAGGUCAGCAUUUAUCCUCAAAGUUGUCUAAUAUCAAACUGCCUGAAAUAGAAAUUUUUGAAUCUAAUGUAAAAAGCAAAUGUCAAGGAAAACUGGUAUCAACAGAAUGUACCCCUACAGAUGCUGGUUCUUUAACUUCACCUGAAGCCAAAGUCAACAUUAAAUCACCAAAAGGAUCUUCCCUGACCACAAAUCCUGAAAUACAGUAUGAGGGCCCUCAUAUCCCUAAAGUAACAAAAGCAGUUUUUGUUUUGGUUAAUUCCCAAACAGAAAGCUAUGUUACCGUAACUAGCAAAGCAAGUGCUGAGACUGUAGAUAAGAAAAUUAAAGUGCCAAAAAUCAUAAAGAAGCAAAGCUUUGAAAAGUCACAUUCAAAGGGUAAAGGAACAAAUUCUGGGGAGGAGGAGGCAAAUGAUGAAGAGUUAAAAACAGGAGAAUUUAGGUUGCCAAAACCUGAGCUUUCUUCACUAUUCUCAAAAAAUGUGGGAGAAGAGGAGAAAUUGGAGAUGGGCAUGGAACCUGAGAAUAAGAAUAGCACAGAAGCUAGCAAAGGCACUAAAGAUAAAUCAGGAAAAAUAUCAUUUCCAGGUUUCAAGAAGAAAUCUGUAAAAGGUGAUGAGGAGAGUGAAAAUGGCUGUGUAGUGUCCUCAAAAGCCAGGGUGGAAAUGUUAAAAGAAAAGCAAGGCUCUGAGUCUCCAGUACCAAAUAUUUCAAUUGGAUCUGUCUCAGGAAAGAACAGAACACAAAAAGAGGUUGGAUCCAUAGAAGAUAUUAGAAGCAGUCAAGAGUUGGAAGAAAAAGAGGCGAUAUCUUGGUUUAAAAUCCCCAAAGUCACUCUUAGCCCCCAUUCCACUGGCAUCCUGCAGAUCACACCAGAGGGAUCUCCAAAGGACAGCAAGUCAUCUUUACAGUACUCCAGUGAAGAGAUUUCUGGAGGUUUCUACAGGAGGAUGCCAAAUACUGAAUUUUCCACUCAGGAUGUUUCUCCAAAACACACAGUCACCACAACAAAAGAAGGGACUUUCACUGUGGUAACAGAAUCUGCAAGUAGCAGCUCAAGUACACACUGGAAACAGUAAAUUAGGGGUAAAUCAAGGUAUAGUGGAAUAUUUUUAUAUUGUUGUUGCUUUUUCGGUGCUAUACAGAAUGAAUGUAUUUACAUAAAUACAGUCACUAUUUAAUGUAGCACACAUUUUAUUUCAUAUACUUGCACUGACCAGUCAGUAUUAUUCUUUAUGCAGAUAAUUACUUUCUUCAAUUAGAUUAUUAGUACUACUUCUCAUACCUGCAAGUCAUGCAUUAGAUCGUAUAAACACAUAGGUGAAAAUAAAUCACAAGGUGAGUGGAAUUUGAGGUAGAAUUUUUUUUAUUGGAAACAUAAUAGUUUUUGAAGCUUCAUAUGUUCGUGUUAACUUUUUUUUUUAAUUAUUAUUAUUAUUGAAGCUGAACAUGUGUUUCUUCCCUUAUAUAAGAGGAAUAUUGUUUUAAUAAAUAACACCUAAACUGUAGAAGAAUGAACUGUAUAUAUUUAAAUAUUUUUUAAAUAAAAAUUAUUUUUAGUGCCAUGAAUUGAUUUAACAUGAAAAUUAAUAAAAAUUUUAAAGACACAUAAUAUAAUAUAAUAUAAUGACUUUUAGAAAUAUUUAAAUGCAUUAAAAUGUGAUGCAAGGAUGUGUACAAUGAUGUUGAUGUGUCUGUGUGGGAAUGGUUUGUGUUCUUGAUUUUGGUCUUGAUUGAGUGUGCAUUGUGAAAUUCUUUGCCGCAUAAUUUUUCAUAAUUUCAAUCAUGAUCUGAGUAUGAAAUUUUAAUUAAUUUUAAUUAAUAUAAAAUGCAGACCAUUAUUACUGUAUAGUUUUUAGCAUGUCCUUUACAUUUCAUUUUUAAAGCACAAUUUCUCAGCUUGAUGAAAUAUUAAAUAAAAUAUUUUACCUGCUCUUUCAUUACUCUGAAUUUCUGCAGUCUUUACUGUUAGAUAAGACAUGUGCCUUUUGCUGUUCAUGUAGUGUAUAUAGUAUUAUGCAAAUAAUAAACAUUAAACAUAAAUAACAUUAUAAAUAAUGUUUAAUUGGGUCCUUGUGGAAUUGAAAAUCAACAUUUCUGAAUUUGAAUGAGGACUUAAGCUGUGGGUUUGUUUGUUUGUUUGUUUUUUGUUUGAUUGUUUGUUUGUUUUUACAUUAUUUGUGGUUUAACAACUGGAAUAAAGUAAUAGCACUGCCAUAUGCAUUUAAUGUAAAAUUAAUAGUCUCAGUGCAUAUAUACAUAUGCACAUAAAAAAAACAUUAAUUGCACCACCCAGUGUAAAACCCAAAGCUCACAUACUGUAUGCACUCCACUCUCCUGUUCAGUUGACUGUAAAAAAUUAAAUACAAAAAAAGAAAGAAAGAAAAUGAGCAAAUGAGUUCCAAGUUAAAAAAUGUUUCUUUAUCAUUCCAGUGCCCUUUUUCAUAUAUAUAUAUGUUUUGUACAAUCAUUAUAAU